AUGUUAAACAUCAGUAGAAAGGGUCGUUCCUCAGUGAACGUUGUGAACCCAAUCGUUCAGAAUUUGAAGCUUCAAAAGAAAUUCAAUCACUCCAAUGCUCCUCCUCGUAGCAGUGGAGGUGGCGGUGGUAAGUUUCUUCUUGGAACCACGGGCCUUGGUUUAACCGGUGUCAGUGGAGUUUUACUGUAUUCAUAUGUCGAUCCAUCUUUCCGCGCUAAUGUUGAAAGUAACUUCCCUUUCACUAAACCUCUGUACAAGUCAAUUUUGGGUGAUAACAGCCAAGCCCUCACCCUUCCCACACCAGUGCCCUCUCAAGGACAAGUUAAGCCUCUCUCUGACUCAACCCCAGACACUCCAAAAUCUAAACCUGUAGACAUCAAGAAAGCACCUGUAAAACCAGUGAAUCCAUUCGUUGGACCAGAAGACGCUAGCAGAAAGAAUCAGAGUUUGGAACAACAAUUGAAAGUAGCUAUUGCUAAUGCUGAGAAAAAAGUCAGAUCUGCUACGAACGCCAAGAGAUUGACCAUUCUCUCAGUUGAACGUCACGUUAAAUCUAUGAAGGAAACUAUUGACAAAGGACCUAAUGCUGCUUGGGACGAUGUUGUAUCCGCUCACAAAGAAGCUGAGAGGAAAACUUCAGAUGAUAUGGAAGCCGAAAAGCUUGCUCGUAUUGAACUUCAGAAUCUUGUUAAGAUCAUCAAUCUGGGAUCCGAAGGAGAAACCACUGCUAAAAACCCUCUUCUUUCCAUAGCCAAGGAAACUGCCGCAAAAUUCGAGAAAGAAAUUGAUGAAAUGCUCGAUAUGAUCAAGAAAAUUGAUACUGAAAGAGUCUUCAUUAGAGAUUAUGGACAUUUAGUAGAGGAAGGCAGAAAGCAAUUUACUUCAGAACUUAAGGCUAUAAUGCCCAAUGCCAAUUGGGAUGUUGAGUUGGGAAAAAUGAAGGAGGAUCAAGUCAGUGCCCUGCUUUUACAUGCUCAUCUGAAAGUUGAUCAACUGAACCGUCAACUUGUUCUGCAAAAAAUGGAAGAAGAAAAGAGAGUCACAGAGUUAUUGGAACAAAAGAAGUUGGAAACUAUCAAUCAGGUUUUGGAGUCAGCUAAAGCAUCCGGCGAUGACUCGGAACUCACCAGCAGACUUGAUACUCUCAAGAAAGACUAUGAUGACGAGUUAAAAACUCAGUUAUCUGUUAUUGAACAAACCUACGACUCUAGGCUGAAGGAGGUUGUUCUCACUCAAAAACAGUUGUAUGAUAUUGAACACGCAAAAGAUUUAGAAGAAGCUGUCACUGCUGAACGAUCUGUCCACUCAGCUAAGUUCGGAGCUGCUAUUUCCCAAUUGGAAGGAAUCGAACACGCUCUCAAUAGCAGAGUUGUGCAGGAUGCUGAGAACAGAAGAUCUAAACAAGUUUGGCUUGCUGUUCAAAACCUUGUUGACUCUAUCACCUAUGGAAAGCGUAGUUCAUGCUGCGUUGAGGGACGUCGCCUCCCUCUCCAAGAGCAACUUGAUCAUAUUGUAAAACAUUCUACCAAUGAUGAAUUUAUGAAUGUUUUAGUAAACUCAAUCAGUCAGGAAUCUAAGGUUAAGGGAGAGUAUACUACUGAAGACUUGAAAAAUCGUAUAGAAAAGGCUAUCCGUGUCAGUCAUAGAGUUGCUGCUGUUGACGAGAAUGGUGGCGGACUUGCUGCCCAUGUUAUGUCAUACAUUCGAAGCAUCUUCUGGCUCCGAUUGCCAGUUAAAUAUAGCGAUAACGAUAAGUUUGACCCAGUAGCUGAAAGUAAUGAAUCUUUGUUGGAUCGCGCGGCUUAUUAUGCGCGACAUGGACACUUAUUGGAAGCUGUGAAAGUUCUCCAAUACGUGAGAGGACCAGCUCAAGCUAUUGCUCAUGAUGUCGUUAGAGAUACCCGAAGACACGAAGAAACCUUAUUAGUAGCACGUUUGAUGUUAGCUCAUGCCGCAGUAACUUCUAUGCGCUCGACUUACUAA